CCGCACACUGUCCAGCUGGGGGAUUUCGAACAUCACCGUGAAAAAAAGAAAGAAUUGGGGAAAAUGUGGUUUUUGGUCAAGUGAUAGCCGCAACGCAGGUGAGCUGGGCCGAGGAAAAACGGAUACGGACAAGCGCCCACUGGCCGGAAAACUCCUUGGCUGGCCCCAAAGGCCCACCUGGCCCCGCACACCCGAAAACUUGUCGACGUUCUCGGCUGUUGUUGUUUUUGCUGCUACGCUGCUGAUGGCUGCAUUUUCGUAUUGGCAUCGCAUUUUUCUUGGCUACUCUUCGCUGCUCAAAUGAGCAUACGAAACCGAUAAAGGCCUGAAAAGCAGCUAAAAUAUCAGAUAUACGCAGUUCCGAGGGACUUUUGCAAUUAUACAACCCAGCGCCGUGGAAAAGACGAACAUCUGAAACAUCCGAAACUGGUUAUACACACAUCGCCAGGAACGGGAGGUUGGGAGGCCUGCAGUCGUCUCCAUGGACAAGAUCAAGUUAAAGGUUAUUGGCGUGCUGCGCGAACGCGAUGGUGGCAAUCGCAGUGGUUCCGGUGGACAAGCGGCUGGAGGAUCUGGAGUGGGCGUGGCCCAGCCCCCGGUGGCGCAGGAUGGUCAGGAGGAGGCCAACGCCCCCGGCGGAGGAGGAGCAAUAACCACCGCAGUGGAACCGCAGGCGGCAGCAGCAGCAGGAACUUCGGCUGGAGCCGCUAGAACCUCGGUGCUCUCCCGUCCGCAGGCCUCCAAGAUCAGCGCCCUCGACCUGGCCGGCAUACUCAACACGCGGCGGCGACUCGAGUGGACCAAGGAGUGGCUGCGCAAGAACCAGGCCGAGUUCCUCAGCAAGGAGAACCUGCUCAGCGAGCUGCAGUCGCGCAAGGACGAGUGCUACCACUUGAAUUACUUCCUAGCCAUCACAGAGAGCCAGUUCCGGUAUCUGGUGCAGAAGCUGGAGCCCAUCAUCAGCCAGUAUGCGCCGCAGCGCAAGAAGAAGUCCUUCAGCGCCGAGGAGCGGCUGGCCAUAACGCUCAAGUAUUUGGCAACGGGUGAAGUACAUUCUUGUCGAAACUACUGCUUCCGUGCCUCGAAAUUUGUGAUAAACGAAAUGAUUGCCAAUAUCUGUCUGGGCUUCUACGAGCACCUCAAGGACCAAUACGUGACACUACCAAAGACUGACGAUCAGUGGCGCAGCGCCGCCGAGGAGAUGGAGCGCAAGCACAACCUGCCCCACUGCGUGGGCAACCUGUUCAUGCGCAGCAUCCAGCUCCAGGGCUCCGGAUCCGGAGCCGCUUCGAAUUCCGCGGCCGCGAGCAGCGGUUCCGCCGCCGCCGGCGACGAUCGCAAGCGGGCGACCGUCAUCUUCACGGGCAUCGUCGAUGCCGACAACAAUUUCCAGUACGCCAAGGUGGAGCGGGCGGCGAGCAGCCGUCCGAAUGACAUCUACAACCAGACCACUGCCGUCGAGCUGAUCAGGCACAAGAUGCACGCCCUCGAGGAGCAGCAGUCGUCCGCGGAGAUGGACCGACAGGGCUAUUACUUCGCCGGCGACUCCGUGCUGCCGGCCACCUCGUAUCUGGUGACCACGCGCAACCUGCCCAAGGAUCGCGCCGUGCUGGAGGCCCUCGAGCAGGUGAACGCCCAUGCGGACCAGACGAUGCGGAUACUCUGCAACAUGUUCCCCAUUCUGGCGCAGCCGCUGCGCAUCAGCGACAAGCACAUCCGCGAAGUGGUGCUCGGCUGCGUGGCGCUCUACAAUUUCCUGCGCAAGACGGACGACUCCUUCCGGCGCACCAGCGACAGCAUUGUGCAGCAGCGGGCCGAGCAGCAGCAGCUGGCGGCCGCCUACAGCGUCGACAGCGACGAGAUCGACGACGACUGCAUCAUGCUGGCCACCGAGGAGGAGCUGCGCGAGCGGGCCGAGUUCACGCCCAGCGUCGGACUGACCACCUGCUUCCAGCCGCUGUGCACGCAGCGCGGCGAGACGCCCGAGGGCCUGGCCAAGCGGGACUGGCUGCUCCAGCUGGACUUUGGCCAGCAGGGCGGAAACGGAAGCGUAGGAAUGGGCAUGGGAAUCGCCAGUGGCAACUUGAGCGGCAACGGGGGACUGGGCGGCAGUACAGACAGUGCGAGCGGCAGCUCAAACGGGAGUUUAUAUUAGUGCAAUUUACCUAAGUACUUUACGAAUUUUGUAUAGUUCCUUGUUUUAUAUUUUCUAAAUCUGUAAUCGGUAAUCUGUAAUCUGUAACAGCAUCUGUUGCCAA